GUGGAAACGGUGAGCGGGCGCGCGGAACCACAAAAUGAUUGCGUGCCAUGUGCGCUUCAGAGAAAAGUACCUUUUCCUGCUGGCCCUUUCCAUCAUCCUCCUCUUCACCUUUACCACCUACACAUUUACGACAGAUAUUGGAAUUAAAAGAGCAAACAUUGAAUUCGAACGCGAUGACCAUGUUUUCAUUAAUCAGAGAGCAACACUUCAAAUCACAAACGAACAAGAUAUUGAACCGAAAGAAGUUUAUAAUGUUACAAGGAUUCGUGAUAAAAUAAUUUUAUCCGGUGAUUUACCCCUUAUAUCUGGUGGAGAAGAUGCACAAAAAAUAUCGAGACAGAGAAGGGAUAAAGUCAAACAGAUGAUGUUACAUUCAUGGAACGGCUACAAAAACUACUCGUGGGGUUACAAUGAGCUUAGCCCCUUGAACAAAAAUGGCCAUUUGACCAGCAUUUUUGGACAGGAAAAACUUGGCGCCACGAUAAUCGAUGCAAUGGACACCCUAUUUAUCAUGGGAUUGCACGAAGAAUUUAACGAGGCCAAACUAUGGCUCGAACAGUGCGAUUUUAAUUCUGUGUCUUCGUAUGUAUCCGUCUUUGAAGUAAAUAUUCGAUUUAUUGGAGGCCUUUUGACGUGUUACGCCUUGACUGGAGACGACCUUUUCCGAGAUAAGGCAAAAAGUAUCGCGGAAAAGCUUUUGCCUGCUUUUAACACGCCGACUGGGAUUCCCUAUUCUUUAGUUAACUUAAGUACGGGAAAAUUGAUGAAUUAUUAUUGGGCCAGCAAAGGUUCCAGUAUUUUAUCGGAAUACGGCAGUUUGUACUUGGAAUUUGCUUAUCUGAGCGAAAUAACAGGAAAUCCAAUAUUCAAAAACAAAGUGGAUGACAUAAUGGAAUUUUUGGAUAAAAAAGUGAAACCGAACGGAUUAUAUCCGAAUUAUAUCGACCCGAAAACAGGAAAAUGGACAGGAAUGCACGUGUCUAUGGGUUCCUUAGGCGAUAGUUUUUACGAAUAUUUGCUGAAAAUUUGGCUGCAAUCGAAUAAAAAGAACGACAUGCCUAGAAGAAUGUUUGAAGAAGCCAUCGACGCCAUGCUAGAACAAAUGCUGUUCAUUUCCAAGGAAGGCCUUGUGCAUUUCUCCGAGUUGAAAAACGGCAACCCCGAUCACGUCAUGGAACAUUUGGCUUGCUUUUCAGGUGGUCUUUUAGGGCUGGCAUCUGUAACCCUAAACAACAGUAAAUCGGAAAAGUACUUAAAGACUGGCGCGGAUUUGACGCACACCUGCCACGAAUCUUACGAUAGAUCUGAAACGAAGCUGGGUCCCGAACGUUUCCGCUUCCGGGUCGGGCAAGAAGCCAAAGCGUCGAAUCACGGCGACAAAUACUACAUACUUAGGCCGGAAGUUGUAGAGUCGUACUUUUACAUGUACCGGUUGACCAAAGAUGAGAAAUAUAGAGAUUGGGGAUGGGAAGCAGUUAAGGCAAUUGAAAAACAUUGCAAGGUAGCGUCUGGAGGGUAUAGCGGAAUUAAAAAUGUGUAUGAUUCGAACCCAAUUAAAGAUGACGUCCAACAAAGUUUUUUUUUAGCAGAAACACUUAAGUACUUAUAUUUGUUAUAUUCCGACGAAAAGCUUAUCUCCCUGGAUAAAUGGGUGUUUAAUACAGAAGCCCAUCCUUUGCCCAUUAAAAAUGCAAAUCCAUAUUUUAGAGUUACGACUAUGUGA